AUGAUUUCCCAUUUGUUGAUAGCGUGGGACCGGAAGCGCUGGCUAACGGACCCGCUCAAGGCCCGGCUGCCGGCGUUCGUGUGCAGCUGCGCCUCCUGGCUGGCGGGGAUGGUGAUUGCGCUGCCGUAUCCGAUCUACACCACAUAUCUGGAUCUGGGGAAAUACCUUCCCGACUUCGAAGGCGUCGGGCUUUGCGCCCUGAAUCUGAUCGACGACAUGCAGGAGUACAUGCGGGGAUUAUUCCUCAUUAUGUACUGCGGCCCGAUGACGCUGCUCGGCUAUCUCUACAUACGGACGUCGCGGGAGCUGCGGCCCCCCGAUGGACCCCUCUCGAUUAUGAUGUUCGAAGCGAGGGCCGAGGCGAGGAGCAAACAACUACGGGCCAGAGGCCACGGGACGAGAAGCGGUUCCACCGGAGGUGGAGCCGCAGCCGGAGCGGAUCUCAGUGCCGGAUCGCGAACGUAUGACCUGUACGAUGCCGAGCUGGAUGUGAGUCGGGAGAAGCGAACCCAGCGCCACCUGGGGGCAAUGGCAUCGACGCAGAUAUUGUGCGUCUGUCCGCUGAUGAUUUUGAGGUUGGCCCGGAUGGCGCUGGAGGAGACGUACGAGAACGAGGCCCACUUCGACAUCACCUAUCUGAUGUUCGUAUGGAUGGCGUUCCUGCCGACGGUGAUAGUGCCCUGGAUCUAUGCCAACUGGGUGCUAUCGAGACCCGCAAAGGAACGCCUCCGUGGUUACCUUCGGCUGUCCUCCCGUCGCAACACCGGCACCAAGUCCGAACAGUCCCUUGACGAGAACAGUCCACCCCCCGGAGUCAAAACUCCUCUAUCAACGCAGAUGGCCACGGUGGGUCAUUCAACGGCAGCAGCUGCGCCCUCGAAAAACCCCACCUCCAGCCACGCUUCAGGUAACACACGCUCCAAACCCACCCCUUCUACGGACCGCUCCAAAUCUCCGGCUGGGGUCAGCACCAAGACCCAACAAUCGACUAUCGAAAGCACCGUUGCCGAAAGUUCCAUCUCCGCACCUCCCGCCGCGAGCAAAACCACUUCAACUGGCCGACCCCGAAGGCAACUCCCGCCACCGCUUCGCAUCGAGCACAGCAACUUCGAUAGGACUCCUUCCGCGCACAGUCGUGACUCUUCGGGAACCAUAGUGCAACGGUCUUCACUGAAAUCAACGAGCAGUGCCGGUCGCACAAGUGAACGCACUCUCCCGCCAAACCCAAAACCUAAGACCGUGGAAAAACGCCCCGAAGAAGAAGAUGAUUACUGCUCAUCGAUUGCGGGACACUUCUCGAACCUAACCUCCAGCACAGACUGCAACAUCAACGAACGCGAAGUAGUUGCCCCAGAGCUGUACGAGCCGAUCCAUGCAGUUCCACGACAGAACGUCAUCCACAAGUCCGCUUCUCCGUACUACCAAGGAGGAAACGACUCCAACGAUUCCGACUCGGAUAUCUACCAGAGGCGUUCCGGUCGCUAUGGAUCGCUCUCCAAGCAGGAUUCUGGAAUACGGAAGGGCACACCUUCGAUCAUCUCCGUAACCGAGAGUGACUAUUCUUCGCGGAAAGGAUCUCUCAGUACCCUGUCGCGCGACAUGGAGAUAAUCGACCGGCUGGAGCGGGAACGCAGCAUGGAUAUCCAGGAGAUGAUCCAGCGGGAGAACUACGAGUACUACCUGUCGCGACAGAACUCCAAACUGAAGUUCUCCACCAAUUUUGAUGACUACUUCGAGGAGGAACCGGCGGCGGGGUCAGGUUCGGGUGCACCGAAACCUCGCUCCAUUUCGCCACACAAGGCCCGCAAUGCGACGAACCGCCGGAGCGUUUCGAGCUACGCAUCGGCCAAACGGGACAGCGGCUACGAAACAUCGCUGCCACCGUCCCAACCGGCAGUGGUGGCGGCGGCGGCGGUGGCACCACCACUGGGAAAGAACGGCGGACCGGGCCAUUACUACAGUGGACCACGGCGAUCGCUGGAACUGGAAAAGCACCAUCACCAGCAGCAGCAGCUGCAGCGGUUCAACCGGACGUACAGUGCGCAUUCGGCGCGGGGUUCGACCAAGUCUAGGGAUCGGGUUAGCUUUCGGGAUAACGUGUAAAACGGAUGCAUGGGGAAUGGGAGUUCGGUGCCAAAGAUUAUGAAGUAAGAUAGCAGCUCAACGGUAGGUAGUCAGUGGAUCGACGGGAAAUGGUUCGUAGAAUAGUUUGGAUAGACUACGCACAAAACAUUUCAAAUUUAGAGUGAUCGAAAAGUUCAACGAGAAAAGGGGGAAUCGGUUAGACCAGUUAGUAUUGUAAGGAAUAAUUAUUCGUAGUUGAGAAUGUCUACGUUUCAGUUCUCCAUGGUUUAAAUCAUUUCUGUUAUGAAUUCGAAAUAGGGGAACUGGGGGUAGGACGCCCACGUUAAGGAAAAUGCCAUUUUUAUCAAUGAAAACCACCAUUUCAGCCAGUUUUCAUCAGCGUAUACUGAAGAACAGCAUAUCUGCGACUGACUACCGAUAACAGAUAUCUAAUUGUCCAUUUUAUUGCACAGAAAUUUGAUUUUUAAAAAGCACCCGAAAAAAAAUGAUUUUGAAACCAUGCGGGGUGAGAUGCGCCAGUGGAUGG